CUGUGUAACAAUCUGUUUUGAAGAUCCUUUCAACCUUACUAUUUUUAGUUUGUCAGUGUAAUUACUAUUAUUAUUACAUUAAUUUCAAGAACAUCAACUUUCACUCCUCUCCUCGCCUCUUCUUUGUAACUCUUUUCUUUCAUAGCUUAUUAAUGAUCAAGUUUUCCAUUUCUCAUCAACUCAACUUGUUCUUCUAGUAUUUUAAAAACUCUUGUUUUCACUCUACAAACGAGCCCAGUUUUAAUCAAACAUCCAAGUCUAAUAUUUUUUCAUAUCAACCAAUCGAUUUAAGAUUGAUUAAUAAUCUUGCUACAACAAUAACUAGUGGCUGAUUUUUACAUUUAUACUACAAACGAUGGAGUUUGUCAAAUGGUGAUUAUGCUUUUUUUGUACCUCAUUCCAUUGGAUUCCGAAACAUUGAUUGGAAAGUAAUUAAUAAAUCCAAUCACGGUGUCACUCAAAUAUAAUUGAAGUUCAACUGCCUAUUUUCACUUUCUCUCGCUCGCUAAUCUGUCUCCUGAAAGUCUUCUCUACUCAGUUCAACAUUAAUUUGAACUUUUAGUUGAAUUUCUUCCGUUCACCAAACCUGAUUGUAUAAUUGUUUCAACCUAAAUCAAGUGGAGCUAAUGAUUAUUGCUGCAAUCAUACAGAUAUACAAAUUAAAUAUUUAUAUUUCAACCUAAGCGUCUCACUGAAUCCACAGACGUGUCGAAGUGAUUUUUCACCAAAGUGCCCUCUUGUUUUGCUUUAGUUGUGUCUGAUUUCUUGAUCAACUUCAUCUCCAUCAUUUAACCAAAAAUCAAACCGGUUCUGGUUGCGUUUCAUUUUUUAUUAAUAGCAACACAUUUCCAAUUGAAAAGCUGACCUGCUUCAGUUCGGAGAAAGUGUUGACUGCUUUCUUCAUUUCUCUUCUUUUUACUUAUUUUACUUUUUUUACUUUUACACUAACGUGUUAGUUUGAUAGUGAAAUUCAGGAAGUAAAUAAUAUCCUCCUGACACAUUAGCUAUCACUUGGCUUUUGGAUAUCAAUCCAUAUCUCUUAAAACAUUGUCCUUUGAUUUUCUCGUAACUUUGAUCAACAAACAUUUCACUCUCUCCUUUGCUCAUCUCGUACUUUUCAUUGGAAGGAUAAUCUCAACAUAUUCACCCUGUGAUAUUAGUUCAUGUGAUUUAUUGGUCGACCAUUGCAUCUUUCUUAUCAAUCUUCAAUCUAGUUAUCAAUAUGCUUCACAAAAUUAAAUCUCAUCUUAGUUCUAUCCUCUCAUCUCAAUUGAUCUGUGCUGUGGGAUAAAAUGUUAAUUUAGUGAAAGAAGCAAGAAAAAAUUACCAACAUCAACAAUCUACUUCCAAAAUGCUCAGGACAAUCGCUGUUAUUUCAAAAGUAUUUAUUGCCUGCUGUACCAAUGUUUUUCUUCUUGAGGCAAUAUCAAGAGAAUCUCCAGGCUCAGCUAACUUAAUUACCUUUUCACAAUUUGCUCUGGUCGCCUUUCAAGGAUUAUUAGUCAAUUACUUUAAAGGAAAACCAAGAGUAAUACCUUUAACGGAAUAUGCAAAAAUGGUGAUAUUGUUCUUUUUUGUUAGCACUGGAAAUAACUUUGCUCUUAAUUAUAAUAUCUCGGUGCCUCUCCAUGUAAUAUUUAAGUCGGGAUCUCUGUUCGCCAAUCUUUUUCUCGGAGUUAUUUUGCUCAAAAGACGUUAUUCUGUAACGAAAUAUACGUCUGUAUUUCUUAUCACAAUAGGAAUCAUAUUAUGUACCAUAUCUUCUUAUAAUGAACCAUUACACAAGAGUAAAAAAGAAUCGGAAGAUUUUCUUUUCACAUGGCUCAUUGGAUUAUCAAUCAUGACUGUCUCACUAUUUACAUCAGCUUUUAUGGGCAUUUAUCAAGAAAAAUUGUAUUCUAAAUACGGGAAACAUCCGCAAGAAGCUCUUUUCUAUUGUCAUCUAUUACCCCUUCCAGGAUUCCUUUUGCUCUGGUCUGACUUAUCCAAACAAAUUGUUGCCUUCAACCGAUCGCCUUUGAUGGCACUUGACUUUUUACCGUUUUUCGGUCACAUAACUGUUCCAAGAUUGUGGAUCUAUUUAUUUCUCAAUGCCUUAACUCAAUAUAUCUGUGUUAGCUCUGUUUUCUCAUUGACAUCAGAGCAUACAUCACUCACUGUAACAUUGGUUGUUACUCUGAGGAAAUUUUUUUCACUCCUCUUAUCUGUUGUAUAUUUCAAAAACUUAUUCACAUUUUACCAUUGGAUUGGUGCAUUUUUGGUAUUCUUCGGAACCCUUCUAUUUAUUGAUAUUCAUAAAAGUGUUUAUCAACUUUUGACUGGAAAUAGCUUUAAGACGAAAAAAUCUUAAACAGGAGAAUAAUUUUCAACCAAAUAAUUUUAAGUUAACAAUUAUAUUUUCUGCUAAAGGUAAACAAGAAUAAAACUGGUUACACUAUAUAAAAAUAA